AAAAUGGUGGAACAGACAGAUAUCCGCGUGGUAAGAUGUGGUGGCAGUAAAAUAUGUUUUAGUACGCCGAUCCUCACAAACGACUCCAGGUUCCUAAUAUGUGCUUCUGGGGAUUCAGUCAAGGUUUUCAGCACGAGAACAGAAGAGUGCGUCCAUGUUUUGCAUGGCCACGCUAACCAAGUCACUGGUGUCGCCUUGAAUCCAGCCAACCAUCUUCAGGUUUACUCUUGCUCACUAGAUGGCACUGUUAGGCUGUGGGAUUUCAUUGAUGGCAUCCUUAUCAAGACAUUUACUGUUGGAUACAAGAUAUCUUCCAUAUAUGUCUCAAACAAACACAUUGGAGUCAUUUUUAUUAUCCUUCCCAUGCAAAGUAAUGAAAAUGGUGAGCAUUUCCAGUUGGUGGCGGUACGUUUGCCCAGUGCACUGGAGCAGGAACUGGAGGCAAGGGAGCUGUCUGCUGUUUUGAGCGACGUCAGCCCCGUGCCUGCGUGCACAGCCUUCGGCCAAGGGGGUGACUAUAUUGCGUCUGCUAAGGGCCUCCAGCUGUGUGUGUAUUUCUUCAGGAAGCAAAAGACAUACAGAUUUAAGCUGAAGGCCACAGAUAAGAAAGGAGCCAGAAAUGCCUUCACCUGUGUAGCCUGUCACCCUAAAGAUGACUGCAUUGCUACAGGACACCAAGACGGCAAGAUCCGUCUGUGGAGAAACUUCAACCAGAAAAAAGAAUACACAUAUUCCACUCAGCACUGGCACCACAACGCUGUGAGUGCCCUGUGUUUCAGCCCUGAAGGAAUGCACCUGCUGAGUGGAGGGGUGGAGUCUGUGCUCGUCCAGUGGCAUUGCAAGGAAGUCAACAAGAAGAACUUCCUUCCCCGCCUGGGAGGAGCCAUCGCUCAUAUCUGUGUGUCCCCAGACGGACAGAUGUACAGCACAAGCCACACAAACAACAAGAUCACCAUCAUCUCCAGCUUCCGAGUGUCUGCUGUGAUUCAAGGCCUCGUGAAAGGAGGCUCUGUACAGACAGAUCUGAUGAUUGAUCCGCGCACCAAGGCCCUGGUGCUGAACGGAAAACCAGGCCAUCUCCAGUUCUACUCUCUCGAGCGUGACAAGCAGCUUUACAGCCUGGACAUUGUGCAGCAGGAGUACAUCUACCAGGCAGGCCUGGACCAGUUCGAGGUGGUGAAGGCGGCACUGGAUGGCACGGCUUCUUGGCUGGCUACAGUGGAGCAGAGGGGCAGCAAAAUCUCCAGUCUCGAAUUUUCCCUCAAACUCUGGAGCUUCAAUGAAAAAGCUCAAAGCUUUGAGCUGAACACCACCAUAACAGCUCCACAUCAGAACAUGAUUACAGCUAUGUGCUUCAGCCCUGCCAUGGACACCACCAUGCUGGUCACGGUGGCCAAGGAUGACCAGUUCAAAGUCUGGCUGCUGGGGUCAGACUUGGAUGAGCAGAAGAAGCAAGCCUCUUGGUCAUGUGAACACUUGGGCAGCUACCACGGCCUGCAGCCCACAAACUGCUGUUUCUCUGGCGAUGGUUCCUUGCUGGCGGUCAGCUUCGCGGAGGUGGUGACCUUGUGGAGCCCAGACACCUGGGAGCUCCUCACCACGCUGUGCCAGCCGCCAGGGACUAUCGAGGAUCUUUGUUUCGGCCGGCUGAGCUGCUCUAAAUACCUGCUUGGCACCACCACCAAGAAUCUCCUCUGCUGGAAUCUCCUCACCUGCGCAUUGGAGUGGAGCACGUCGAUGGAUGUAUGUGUCCUGAGGACGGACCCUCUUUCUGAAAACGUGGCGGCAUUUUGUCACAACUCUGGAAAAACCGAUCUGUUUGUUUUCAGACCCAGCGAGCCGCGGCCUCUGUUUACCCAGAAGGCCGUGUGCGUUGGAAGGGUGCAGCGCUGUAUCUUCGUCCCGAGGGAAGAUCCCCUGGACAGCUGUGACGAGUGGUCCCAGUGGCUCAACAGGUCACGCCUGCACUUCCUUACAGAGCAAAUGGAAUUAUUGACGUUCAGUACCAGAGCAGAGGAUGAGAGGAUAUUGAACUCUAGGAAGGAGCUCCUGGUUGACGACAGUGUCGCCAUGACGCCCUUCUACCUGUUGCUAGGCAAGCAUCGUCAGCAGCAGCAGGAGAAACAGACGUCUGUGCCGAGUCAAGCAGCAGACAGAGCCCAGCUCCCCCAGGGCUGUGUAGCCAUCAGAGAGUUACUGCACACUCCGGCCCACGUCCUUCCACCAGCCUCCUUCCUGUGUUCAGUGUUUUUAAACUCCCUCCUCAUCUCCAAUACUGGCGGCAGAGAUGAGAAGGAGCUUCCUGAACAGGAAGUGGACAGUGAAAAAGAGGAAGUGGACUCGGAGGAGGAAAUGGAAAUGAAUAACGGUCCGCAGGGAGUCCGGACACAAGGCUCAGUGGGCGAGGCCCCUCCAAGCCUGUCCAGAGCCGAGGAGAAAGAACUGAGGAGGUUGCGAAAGACUGACUUCAGCUGGGUCACAAGCCUCACCAGCUCUUAGCCACAAGCCUUCCAGAGCGCUCGCGCGUGCACACCCACACCCCAUUAUCAUUACCUUUUAUACCCUAAGGUAACAGUGGAAUUAAAAAAUGUAAGGGGUGUCCAUAUUUAUUUUGGAUCUUGAAGUGACACUGAUCCUUUUUGGGACAUGCUUGAUCUUGCAUGUCAGUAACCAGAAGGCCUUCAUAUUGUAAGUAGCCGCCUCUUGGUAAACUCAAAUAUUUGGUUAUCUUUUGUGGUGAGGAACAUGUGAGACUUAGAAAACAAAUUGUUUGUUUCAGCUUUGUUUGUUUCUGCUCCCAAGCCUCCUGUUCCCCAUAUACUCGCUUUCUCUCAGAAAAGAAGAUAAACGCGUGAUGUGUCCGAGCACUUCUGCCUCACUGUUUGUCUUCUGUCUCUCUACUGGGUCAUAGAGUUUAAAGUCUUGCAUUUUCAAGCUGAGUCACAGUGUUGUCCUGGCGGGUUCAGUUGCUCACACCUUUCUUCACAUGAGGCAUGCUUGUUGUCUUUUUUUGUUUGUUUGUUUUGUUUUUUUUUUUACCCCGGACAAAAACCGCAGCAUUUACAAUAUUUUACGACAGGGUGUACUGGAGCUCGAACACGAACUCCAGCUGCAGGGAUGUCCACUGUCUCACUGAGCAGCGUGGAUCCCUCUGUGGGGUCACUGGGGUCAUCUUAAACCAUCUGUGAACUCUGUACAAAAAUAAUGGCGUAUAAGCUUGGUCACCAUUUGGUUUCAGCAAUCGAGUUGUCGGGGCAAGAUUUAAGUUUCAGAUUUAAGUUUAACUCUGAAGUUUAUUUGCCUUGAAAACCAGUCCAUAGAUGGGGAAACAAAUAUCCAGCCCGGUGUCACUACUGUUUCAGGUCAAGUUUCAGUGGUCACAGCUACUCACGUUUCAGCUUCAGCUUGUGAGACCAUGUGCUGCGGGGAAGGUGAACCUCCCGGUUUUGCGUUACACGUUGGGCCUUUUCACGUCAUUCUUAAAUUCAGUGUAAUCUAGUUUAAGAUAAAUGUACACAUUAAGCAUUUUCUAUAGGUCAUACAUGGGAGCAUGUCUUCCAGAAAAGCUUUGGAAGCAAAUGAUGCCUUUUAUCUUAUCUAUUACUGACAUUUAUCUUGAGCUUGAUUUCAUGGCAAUGGACUUUGUACUUGUCUGUACUGAUCAUGCUGGUCUCGUGCACUGGUAGUUCCUUGACUGCACAUGACCACAGCAGACAGAAUUGCUUAGCCACUGGUGCUGAGAACUGUGGAAGUGUCAGGCUUUGCCAUGUCCUCAUAAAUACCAUUGAUGUUUCUUAAAAAUGGAUGGCAUACUUAUUUCAGAUCAGCUCUUUCUUACUGGCUGUAUCAGCAACCCAGCAGAAACCUGUUCUGUGGCCCUUCUAAUGGCUGUGGACCUUACACUUCACAUUGGUCUUUUACUGGCUUACAAGCCAUUGAGUUCAGCUUAAAGCCAAUUCUUUAAACAGGCCCAUUUCAAAAAGGUCUUCAAAGAAAAUGGGUGGUUCAAGAAUGUGACCCUGUGUGAUCACUGUUGAAACUAGGCCAGGAGUCUUCACUCUUGGUUAGCAUGUGGAGAUGGCUUUCUCCUCCUCGCUGAACUACCUGCCUUUGUGUCUGUCUGCAAAAAAAAAUGGAGAUGUGCCAUGUGGAUCAAAGUGUUUUUAUUUUCAGUUGAAAGCAAGGGCAGGCACUACAAGUCCCAGGCUGUUUUCUCUUUCUCCAUCAGAGGGUAGUGUUGACCAGUAUCGGUAACAGCAUGGAACAUGUUGCGUAGCUGAAUAACUUUCAGCUAUAUAAAACACAAGACUGUGUUUGCAUUUUGCGUAUAUCACAUUUAACUAGAUGUUGGGUGUUUGUUUGUUUUUGUUUUUGUUGUUUUUUUUAACAGCAUUUUCCAGUGGUAUAUGUUUCUUAUAACACUUGACAAAGUUGGGAGGAAAAACAA